CGUUCGUUGACUUAUGCCGGGCUCAGUCAGUCAGCGUGUCUAAUGCACAUUCGGAGGUUGUUUACUCAUGUCUGACUAGGUAUACUGACACAAAGUGUGUGGUCGGUUACCUCCGUCGUGUUUAAACGAGUUCUUCUUGGCAGGUGUCGGAUAAGCGGGGCGGUGGCCGAUGGUCUGAAUCGGGGAGAGUGUUUGAACAGAUGCUUGUGUCGCCGGACUCGAUAAGACCGAGGCGAGACUGUCUGUCCUCUGACACGAGAAGAUAGAUUAUCAUAAUCAUGUGGAGUAACGGAUGGGCGCGCGCUGGGACCUCCCCUGUCGCCCGGCCUCCUCGUUGACCGCGCGAGCUCGAUGCGGAGAGCUCUCUGGAAGAUUCCGACUUCCGCACAAUCAAAAUAAAAUCCAAGUAACCUCUUUCGUAUAAAAACAGACCGCACGUGGCCAGCGUGAUGAGCGCCCGAAUCCUCGCGGGGUGUCUCGUGUGGCGUGUCAGAGCUAAACACGUGACCUGUGACAGGCUGCGACCCGCGGCGCUCUGCAACGCGCGGUGGGUCACCGCCGGUUCGCCGGACCCCGGAAUCGCCCGCUUUAGCACGAGAACUUCCACCUGGGGAACUUUCUUCCAGCGGCGGAGCGUCGGAGGACCGCGCGGCGACGACGGGUCCCACGCGAUCAUGACGUCUCGCUGUCAGUGGCGCGUGCCGUGGGUCGCCUGCCCGCGGGUUGCCGCGCGACCCUGCCGCGGGUUCCGCUCGCCCCGCCGGCGUCACGCGUGGAGCUCGCGGCCGCUCUCGCUCUGCGCCUACAGCACGUCCGCGCGCUCAGAGCCGCCGGUGCGAGGCCGGGAGAAGCGGGACGGCGACGGAGAUGACCGGGAGACCCCCGUGGCGAGUGGCGGCGGCGGCGGCUCGAGCGGCCGGUCUCCCCGCCUCCAGGGCGAGGACCUGCGGAGGCUGAUGGAGCUGGCGCGGCCGCAGCGCUGGAGGCUCACCGCGGCCUUGUGCUUCCUGGUGGUGUCCAGCACCGUCACCAUGUCAGCUCCCUUCUUCCUGGGAAAGGUGAUUGACACUAUCUACAUGACCCCGGGGGAUGACUUCAAGACCUCUUUGACCUCCCUCUGUGCCAUGCUGUCGGGGGUCUUCCUCACAGGGGCUGCUGCCAACGCCAUCAGAAUCUACCUCAUUCAAACCUCAGGACAGCAGAUUGUGAGAAAAUUGCGUGAAUCCCUUUUCUCCUCGAUUUUGAGGCAGGAGUUGGGCUUCUUCGACAAGACCCGUACCGGCGAGCUCAUAAACCGCUUGUCCGCAGACACAGCACGCCUCGGUCACUCCGUCACGGACAACCUCUCUGACGGGCUCCGUGCCGUUGCCCAGGCAACAGCUGGAGUUGGCAUGAUGUUCUAUGUCUCCCCCAACUUGGCUGCGUUUGUCCUGAUGGUGGUACCCCCGAUGACUGGACUGGCUGUUGUCUACGGGAGAUACCUGCGCUCCAUCUCCAAACGCACACAGGACGCUUUGGCGGAAGCCACUCAGCUGGCAGAGGAGCGCAUCGGCAACCUGCGGACGGUUCGGGCCUUCGGGAAGGAGCUGACUGAGGUGGAGAAGUACGCCGAGAAGGUCAACUACGUCUUCAGCCUGGCCAAGAAGGAGGCUGUGAUGCAGGCGGGAUUCUACGGACUGAUGGGGCUGAAUGGGAACAUGAUGGUGCUCGCCGUGCUGUAUAAAGGGGGGCUGCUCAUGGGAAGUGAGCACAUGACCAUGGGGCAACUGUCCUCCUUCCUCAUGUAUACCUUCUGGGUGGGCGUCAGCGUCGCCGGUCUCAGCUCUUUCUACUCGGAGUUGAUGAAGGGCUUAGGAGCAGGAACCCGAUUGUGGGAACUACUGGACCGGAAGCCAGAGUUUUCCCUCACUGAGGGUUUGGAGCUCAGUACAGAUCAGCUGAGAGGCGAGCUGGCCUUCAGGAACGUGUCCUUUGCUUACCCAACCCGCAAAGAAGCACCCAUAUUCCAGCACUUGGACCUGUUGGUGCGAGCUGGGUCCGUCAUGGCAGUGGUGGGCCCCAGCGGUUCGGGAAAGUCCACUCUGGUUUCGCUGCUGCUGAGGCUGUAUGACCCCGACUCUGGAAUGAUCACCAUCGAUGGCCACGACGUGAAAGAUCUGAGUCCCUAUUGGCUGAGACGUCAUAUUGGUACCGUGAGCCAGGAACCCAUUCUGUUCUCCUGCUCCAUCGCAGAGAACAUCGCUUACGGAGCCCCGGACCCCAGCGCGAUCACUUCCCAGGAGAUCCAUCACGCUGCCCGAAUGGCCAAUGCCUAUGACUUUGUCCAGGGCUUCCCCAACGGCUUUGACACUGUGGUAGGGGAGAAGGGGGUGCUGCUGUCAGGUGGUCAGAAACAGAGAAUUGCCAUUGCUCGAGCUUUGCUCAAGAACCCCAAAAUCCUUCUGCUGGAUGAGGCCACAAGUGCCCUGGAUGCGGAGAAUGAGCUCCUCGUGCAGGAGGCCCUGGAGCGCCUGAUGCAGAACCGCACCGUGCUCAUCAUCGCCCACCGCCUCUCCACCGUCCAAAGCGCCGACGCCGUGGCCGUGUUGGACCAGGGCCGUGUGGUGGAGUGCGGCCAGCGGGCUGAGCUGCUAGCCAAUAGCAAGGGCCACUUCCGCCGUCUCAUGGAGAAGCAGUCCUUCCUGCAGGUUGGCCAGAAGCUGCAGCUGUAAGGGUCCGGAAGAGCGACUGCACGGGGCAGAUAGGAAGUACCCCUCUCCCUCCUUACGCUGGGGGCAGGAGUACUGCUCAAGUGCUAGUUCCGGUCCCCAUCUCCUGCUGUACACCUGGGUCUGCUCCUCACUGCACUCUCAGAUUUUUAAUGGCAGACUAAUAAGAAAAUUAUUUUACUGCACUGAGCUUUUUUUUUUUUUUUUUCUUUUUUAAAAAGACAACCUUUUAAAAGGGCACAGUUUCGUUCCACAAGGUACCUUGUCCCAGCAUUGACUGAGCCAGUAAAGUAACACACAAGUGCCAUCCAUCACGCGCUGUCGUUCUCACGGUCACAAGACAUGACCGCUCGAUGCGCUCGACGCCACGAAUGAGUCCGGUCGCGUGUUUGUUUUUCCGACAGACUUGAAGGCCGAAUAGGAGGCCUUGUUGUGAAUUCCAAAAAAGACUGACAAAAUGUCAAUGCUGAGACGGUGCUAUAACACGGGAUUAGAAACUUGAAAGCGGCAUUAAAGUUCUGAGUCAGGGUA